GUUGAUGGCCCCCCACCAUUUCUUGAUUUUUUUUAUUUCUUAUACAAUGAAAUAAAUAUUAAUACUAGUAGUUUUUAAUUAAAGUACAGAGAGUCCCAACAUCGAAUAAUUUUCUCAUAUCACUUAUUAUCGUUCGCCUCUGGGCUACGUCUUUGAUAUCAUUUCUUGAACUUUUAAUAAGCCAUACCCACCUUUCCCUCUAAACUCUCUGUCUCACUCUCUUCCUCUCUGUCUCAGUAGUGCUGCAUAGCGAGUAGGGGGGGCAAGGAAGUAGAAAGCACCCAGAGGAGCAAGAAGAAGAAGAAGAAGAAGGCAGGAGUGGAGAGAAAUCAUGGGUGCCGGUGAGAAGAAAGUCUUCACUUUGGCUCAAGUGUUCCAGCACAGCUCCCGCGAGGAUUGCUGGCUCCUCAUUGGUGGCAGAGUAUACGAUUUGACCAAGUUUUUGGAAGAACAUCCUGGAGGCAGUGAUAUCUUACUCUCAGUAACAGGCAAAGAUGCAACCGUUGAUUUCGAAGACGUUGGACACAGUCCUGGUGCUAGGAACAUGAUGGAACAGUACUAUGUGGGAGAUAUCGAUGACUCAUCUACCCCAGUAAAGAGGGCCGACACACCCCCGAAGCCUAAUAACCAGGACAAGACAGCGGAGUUCAUUGUGAAGAUCCUCCAGUUCCUGAUACCCCUUGCUAUCCUAGGUUUAGCAUUUGGCAUACAUUUCUACAGCAAAUCCACUUGAAACGCUGGAAAUUAUUAUUUUUCAGCUUCUAUUACAUCUUGUGUUUUUUUCUUUGCAUUAAAAUGACAACAUUCAGCGAAUAAGAGAUCCGCUGGUAAUUUGUCAUGUAUGUUUGUACGACUCUAUUUGGCAUGCGAAAUUUUAUGGGAUCUCCAUUUCAGUGAUA